UAUACUUCAGAUAUCUCACCUCGGGAGAGAUGUUCCACGCUCCUAUUGUGCCUCGUGUGAGGAAAAGGUCGAGGCCAGCGGAAGCUGAUGUUCCCAGGCGUGAAGAGGUGAAGUUUGAGGAUGUCAGGCUGUACCUGGUGGAGAGGAAAAUGGGCCGCAGCAGGAGAAGCUUUCUGACCCAGCUGGCUAGGUCAAAGGGCUUUAUUGUGGAAGACGUCCUCAGUGAUGAGGUCACUCAUGUGGUGUCAGAGGACAGCCACGCUUCAUCCCUGUGGAAGUGGCUAAAGGAGUGCGCCCCGAAGAAUCUAAAAACCGUGAAUGUGUUGGACAUCAGCUGGUUCACUGACAGCAUGAGAGAGGGGAGACCUGUUGCUGUGGAGACCAGACACCUCAUUCAGGACAAUUUUCCCACAUUGCCAGAAGGUUCUACAUCCACUCCCGUGACCACCGUUUCUCAAUACGCCUGCCAGAGAAGGACAACAACAGAAAACCAUAACAAGAUAUUCACAGAUGCUUUUGAAGUGCUGGCGGAGAGCUAUGAAUUCAGCGAGAUGGAGGGUCCAUGCCUGGCGUUCAGGAGAGCGGCGUCUGUCCUGAAGAGUCUGCCCUGGGCGGUGCGUAGCCUGGGGGCAACUCAGGACCUGCCCUGCCUGGGGGAACACACCAAGGCAGUCAUGGAGGAGGUUCUUCAAUGUGGCCGUUCGUUUGAAGUCGAGAAACUACUCUCUGAUGAAAGGUAUCAAACACUUAAGCUGUUCACGAGUGUGUUUGGGGUUGGACCUAAGACGGCUGAGAAGUGGUACCGCAGAGGGCUGCGCUCAUUCACUGACAUUCUGGCAGACCGCAGCGUUCAUCUAAACCGGAUGCAACAAAAUGGUUUUCUGCAUUAUGGAGACAUCACCAGGGCUGUCAGUAAAGCAGAGGCCCGAUCCCUGAGGACCAUUAUUGACGAAGCUGUCCGUGCGAUCACACCGGCCGCCAUACUAGCCCUGACAGGUGGCUUCCGCAGGGGCAAGGAGUUUGGUCAUGACGUAGACUUUAUCGUGACCACACCGGAGCUGGGGAAAGAGAAGAGUCUGCUACCCAACAUUAUUAACGGACUGAAAAAGCAAGGCAUUCUGCUGUUCUGUGAUUACCAGGCCUCCACCUUUGAUAUGGCAAAGCUUCCCAGCUACAGGUUUGAAGCCAUGGACCACUUUGCCAAGUGCUUCCUGAUCUUGCGGCUGGAGGCCAGCCAGGUGGAGGGAGGUCUCCACAGUGCCGAUGGGGACAGCAGGGGUUGGAGGGCAGUGCGUGUGGACUUGGUGUCACCACCUGUGGAUCGUUACGCCUUUGCUCUCCUGGGCUGGACCGGCUCCAGGCAGUUUGAGAGAGACCUGAGGAGGUUCGCUCGAGUAAAGCAGCAGAUGAUUCUGGACAACCACUGCCUGUACGACAAAACCAAGAAAGAGUUCCUGGCAGCCACGACUGAAAAGGACAUCUUUGCCCAUCUGGGUCUUGAGUACAUCGAGCCUUGGCAGAGAAAUGCGUAGGCCUCGACUGUUCCCUGACUGGAUGGUACCCGUGCGCACAUCACUGUUUAUCCCAUCUCCAUACCGUUCUGCGGCUCUCCUGUGAUUCACUUUCAAACAGCUUUUGAUUUCCAUGCCGUUUUGUUUUUGCUGUUACCGCUAUUGUGCUCCUUGUUGUCUAGACUGAUGUAUAAUUCAUAAUUCUGCUUAUUCACUAUUGUCUGUUAGCAAUUCACAGCUUGCCUGUCUCUGAGUGUUAUAAUCAUAGGCGGGACACAAAGACAAAUCAGUCCGAGUGUGAAUCCCCUGGGGUGCCUGCGAGGUGCAGGAGAGAGGGAAUCUGAAAGAAACACAGAAGAGAGGGAAAGAUGGAAGUGGGUGACCACAGAGAGAAUGGCAGGGUGAGGGGGAAGACAGGAAAUGAUGAGAAAAGGGAAGGGGAGAGGGAGCUUUUGUUAAGCAAAAUGUUGUAAUCACCCUCCUCCUGGCAGGAAAGUGCUCGACGUGAAGCUGAGCCAGGUCUCUGGGGGAAUCGAGAGGCGGGUAAUGAGCUUCAGAUAGAGGAGCGUUCGCUGUCGCCAUUUAGCCUCCAUUGAAGCCUACGUCCACUGGAGAUCAUUUAGCUGGCGUACGGCAAUCCAAAGACCCACAGUCUCCGCUCUUGUUCCACAAUGAAUCCCCUUUCCCAGAUGCUCAGAUGAAAUUAGAGGCAAUCAACUAACCGGGAAAUCAUGAAGAAUUCAGACGGAAGGUAAAUGAGUCCACUAACCAAAUGAAUGUGUCUUGGCAUUCAAAGCAACUCUGGCUCCAGUGCAUAAAACAUCCAUUAUGUUAUUGGUUUGACUUAGGCUUAUGUUUUAUGUAUGAUGCUUGCUUAUCAAGAUUUGUGUCCUUAUUUUGUCCGUGCCGUGGCUCUGUAGGGCAAAAAUUCACUAAUGAGGACAUUUUAUUGAUCCCUGUGAGCAAUUUGAGUCAUUCUGACUUGUUCCUCCGGUAGUCUCGUAUGGCCAUCUCCAUCUCCACAGCGCUGCGGAGGAAGGUCUGGCAACAGGAGCAUACACUCCUGGAUAAAACUGUUUGCAUUUCUUUAAACCAAUCACAAUCGUCGCAAAGCUCCGGCAGCGAGCCUGGCUCUUCAAAAUAGUCUUGGGUGAAACAUUUAGACCCCGCAAAAGUAAACGCCACAUACAAUAUUAAAUGAAGUUAACUGUUCACUCAAUACAGUAAAGUGCUCUAAUACAUAAUUUGCUCUAACCAGUGUAUCGCCGCAUGUAUUUUGUCCAUAGCAAAUCCCUGCCAAUCGGUCCCACAAUGUUCCAGUUAGAGAGCAAGUGCCGUAACAAUAUUCUUUGUAAAUCUUUACAAUCAUUCCCCGAACAAAUCAAGCAGGGCUGCCUUGUUGCAUGAUCCAAUUUUUCCUUAAAACUUGCCAUUUUCAACCUGCAAUGUUGCUCAGAGGUUUCGGUUAAUGUUGCUCGAAGCGUUCAGAGUUUAAAGUUAACACAAAGAAAGCGGAAAAUGAGGGACAUCCGGCGACACAUCCGGUGGCACCGGAACUAAAUGAACCAUCGGCGAUAUGGACUACUGUUCCGGUAGUCUAUAUCCCUUCCACUUCCUGGAUUGCUCCGUUGCCUCAGAAAUUCCGCCGGAUGCCGGAUUUCAUUUUUUUCUGUGCAGUACCUUUUCUUUG